GGCGCGCCCCAUGCCCGUGUGUGGCCAUGUCCUACCCGCAGGGCUACUUGUACCAGCCGUCCGCCUCGCUGGCGCUCUACUCGUGCCCGGCGUACAGCACCAGCGUCAUCUCGGGGCCCCGCACGGAUGAGCUCGGCCGCUCGUCGUCGGGCUCCGCGUUCUCGCCCUACGCCGGCUCCACCGCCUUCACGGCGCCCUCGCCGGGCUACAACUCGCACCUCCAGUACGGUGCCGACCCCGCGGCAGCCGCCGCCGCCGCCUUCUCUUCGUACGUGGGCUCUCCCUACGAUCACACACCGGGCAUGGCAGGCUCCUUGGGGUACCACCCAUACGCGGCGCCGCUGGGCUCGUACCCGUACGGGGACCCCGCGUACCGGAAGAACGCCACGCGAGACGCCACCGCCACGCUCAAGGCCUGGCUGAACGAGCACCGCAAGAACCCCUACCCCACCAAGGGCGAGAAGAUCAUGCUGGCCAUCAUCACCAAGAUGACCCUCACCCAGGUGUCCACCUGGUUCGCCAACGCGCGCCGGCGCCUCAAGAAGGAGAACAAGAUGACGUGGACGCCGCGGAACCGCAGCGAGGACGAGGAGGAGGAGGAGAACAUCGAUCUGGAGAAGAACGACGAGGAUGAGCCCCAGAAGCCGGAGGACAAGGGAGACUCCGAGGGCCCCGAAGCAGGAGGAGCGGAGCAGAAGGCGGCUUCGGGCUGCGAGCGGCUGCAGGGGCCGCCCACCCCCGCCGGCAAGGAGACUGAGGGCAGCCUCAGCGACUCGGAUUUUAAGGAGCCGCCAUCCGAGGGCCGUCUCGACGCCCUGCCUGGGCCCCCCCGCGCUGGCGGGCCCUCCCCGGCCGGGCCAGCGGCAGCGCGGCUGGCGGAGGACCCGGCCCCUCACUACCCCUCGGGCGCGCCGGCUCCGGGCCCGCACCCGGCCGCGGGAGAGCUGCCCCCCGGUCCCGGCGGGCCCUCGGUCAUACACUCUCCGCCACCGCCGCCGCCGCAGGCGGUGCUCGCCAAGCCCAAACUGUGGUCUCUGGCAGAGAUCGCCACCUCCUCGGACAAGGUCAAGGACGGGGGCGGCGGAAGCGAAGGCUCCCCAUGCCCACCGUGCCCCGGGCCGGUAGCGGGGCAAGCCUUAGGAGGCAGCCGCGCGUCGCCGGCCCCGGCGCCAUCGCGCUCCCCCUCGGCGCAGUGUCCCUUUCCAGGCGGGACGGUGCUGUCCCGGCCUCUCUACUACACGGCGCCCUUCUAUCCCGGCUACACGAACUAUGGCUCCUUCGGACACCUUCACGGCCACCCAGGGCCAGGGCCGGGCCCCACAACCGGUCCGGGCUCGCAUUUCAAUGGAUUAAACCAGACCGUGUUGAACCGAGCGGACGCUUUGGCUAAAGACCCGAAAAUGUUGCGGAGCCAGUCCCAGCUAGAUCUGUGCAAAGACUCUCCCUAUGAAUUGAAGAAAGGUAUGUCCGACAUUUAACGCGGGCUGCGUCGGUCCCGGACUUUCCUAAUUUAUUAAGAAACAUGGCCUUGGCAGUUAUUUUUUUCCAUCACCAAGAGAGAGAAACAAAACUACCCCUCCUAUUAAAAAGUUUAUAGUUCUCGGAGAUGGGUAACAUAAAAAUGUAAACAUCUCCACACACAAAAAUGUCUUAACCAACCGAAAAGAAAAAUUUAAAAAGGAUUUGUAUUAAAUCUUAUUCUGUAUAUUUAAUGUAGCAUUUUUGUAUUUAAAUUGAUAAUUCAAUAUCUUUGAAGUAAAUUAUGAAAUUAAGACACCUGUA